CCACCGGCCGGUGGACAUUUGUCAUUCAGUUCGGUCUUGACCCAAAUCUAGUAUCUUUGGUCUUGACUCAGGGACUCAGAUUGUAAUACCCACAUCACGGAAAUCCCGUGAGAUAUCUAUAAAACGUACUGAACCCAAGAGAAGUACAUUCAUUAAGGAAUUUCAUUAUGUUUGCUGUGGUUAAAUACCAUGCCGUAGACUAUCUUCAUGAGAUUUUGACCAGACAGAAGCUAACGGUAAAUUGGUUGUUACUUCCAUCACCUCAUAGCGUGGAUCAUUCUGACAAGUACUGUUACAAAGGUAGACUCAACGAUGAUAUUUACAGGAGGCCAUGGACUAGAGGUAAAGUAUUUUCUGCAUGCAAGCUGAUGAGUUGUGAUUCUGUACUCACUGAAUGGAAAAAACAUAUCACGUUGGAAAGUUUCCUUGAAAGUUUAGAGAUUGUGCCCAGUUCAAAUCCGAAUUCUCAGAAUGUCGCAGAAGAAGUGAGCUCAUUGUUAAGGAGAGAUGAUCUGCACCUUGCGAAAGAUGAGCAGGACAAGUUUGAGGUUGUUGAUCCUGAACAUGUAAAUACACAGACAGGAACAGAUAUUUUUCUGCAUGAUGAAAUCGUGUUUGCAGAUUACCUGUCGGAGUUUCACAAGCAACUGCCCAAUUUGCAUUCUCUCAGUUGCAGAUUGAAAAUUAUUUCCCUGAAAGAUCCAUUGAUAAAUUCUAAAGGAGAGCCUUUAACUGAGGAGAUGUUUUUCAGCUCCUGCCUGCUCUAUCCCUCAAAGAAAGAUGUUACUGACAGAGCAACUGAAAAGCUUUUGAUUAAGGAAGAUUACAAACCAUUUCCACAGCUGGAUGAUGAGUCUCUGAUGCCACCUCUGAAACUGGGUAUCAGCAAUGCAGUGGACUUCAGUUGGAAUGAAGGCUUCUCACCACUUUCAGAAAUUAAAUUUAUUUUACCAUUGAUCCCAGAAGAUGUGACUGUUAAUGUUGAUUCAUGUACAAAUAUUGUAAACAAAGGUGAGUUAUAUGGAGUGUAAUUUUAGUUUUGUUAAUGUUCUACUUUUCAAUGAGUCCUGGCUGAAGAAACAUCAUCAUGCAGUUUCUUACUCAUUGAUAGGGAUCCCGUUUAUAUCAAUGGGACAAUGGUGGAAAGGGUCAAGAACUUCAAAUUGCUGGGCUUGCACAUUUCCGAAGAUCUUUCCUGGUCUCAGCACACUGAUGCAAUUAUAAAGAAAGCACAUCAGUGCCUGUACUUCCUGAGAAGAUUACGGAAGGGUCGGAAUGUCAAAGAGGACUCUCUCGAACUUCUACAGGUGCACAGUAGAGAGCAUGCUGACUGGUUGCAUCGUGGCUUGGUUUGGCAACUUGAGCAUCCAGGAGCGGAAAAGAAUGCAGAAAGUUGUGACCACUGCCCAGUUAAUCAUCAGCACUGACCUCCCCACCAUCGAAGGGAUCUAUCGUAGCCGCUGCUUCAAAAAGGCAGCCAACAUCAUCAAGGACCCACACCAUCCUGGUCACGCACUCAUCUCUCCGCUACCAUCGGGUAGAAGGUACAGGAGCCUGAAUUCUGGUACAUCCAGGUUCAGGAACAGCUUCUUCCCCACAGCCAUCAGGCUAUUAAACUCGCCAACAAACAGACCCUGAACUAUAACAGCCUAUUUCACUUUAUCUGUUUAUUUAUGUGUAUAUAUAUGAUCUAUGCUAUAUAGACACAUUGAACUGUUCUGUAUUUAUGCUUACAAUAUUCCGUUGUGUUGCAGCAAGCAAUAAUUUCAUUGUCCUAUCUGGGACACAUGACUAUAAACUCUCUUGAUUUGACUUGACUCUUGGAUGUUGAAGUAGGCAAAGAAAUAGUGAAUAGUUCUCCCCUCAGCAGAUAAACGCAUGAGUAAUCAAAGAUGCAUAUUGUAUCCUGAUGCAAUUUUAAUCUUGUGCUAAGGGGUGAGCAAAAUGCACAAACCUUCGCUGGCGAACUUAAUAUAGUGCUCUUCGCCAGCGUUACAAAUUAAAUUUCCCAAUUAUUUAAGAACUAUUGUGUCAACACUGUUACCUGAGUUAUGAGAAGAACAUUGGCCAAGUUUCCUACAUUUGGCCUGUUUGCUGGAAGUACAUGUUGUGGAGAUCGCUUGAGAUCAGAUUCGAUCUUGGUUAUAAUUUCUAUUGCACCAUAGCAGUCCACUGAUGCUUUUGUUCAAGGCACAGGCAAAAUUAAUGGUCACAUGCUAAAUAUCAUAUUUUGCUCUUUGUAACUCAAUUUUUUUGGAGAACUAGGAAGAAAAUUGGGAGGGGGAAAGUGGCAAGAAAAGAUUUUAUCUUUAAGAAUUUAUCUGAUGUUCUUAUUUUGAAAUGAAUACUGAAAUAUCAAGGCGAAAACAAAAUUUGAUGCAUUUCCAGUAUCCUCAAAUUACAUCAGAUCAAAUAAUAUAUAUUAUAUAAUUUUGUGAAAUCAAAAGAACUGUAGAUACUGGAAAUCUAAAAUGCUGGAAAUACGCAUCAGGGCACAUGUGGGAGGCGAAACAGAGUUACUACUUUGGGUUAAAGUAUGUCCAGUAUUUUCUCUUUCUUUUAUAUAACUUUAUCUUGUUGACUGAAAGAUGCGUUUU